AUGACAUUUGCCGAGGAGGUGGGACUUAGGGAUGUGGUGUUUGAAGGUAACUCGCAGCUGAUAAUCAACGCUGUUCACAGCACUGGAGAGGCAGUGUCAUCAGUGCUGAACAUCAUACAAGGUGUGUUGCGGAAAGCUCAGUGCUUCAGGACAUUUGAUUUUCUACAUACUAAAAGGCAGGGAAAUGUACUUGCCCACUUCUGGACUAUUGGGGAAUUAGUUACUAAAUCUGGCUCCCUAUUGGCAGUUGUAAAGAAGGUCCACUACAAUUGGUAUAAGAGCAGUUUCGAUCUUACAAUGGCUGAUGGUCCUAAUACAAGGUAUUCCCAACUUUCGGAUACAAUUACUGGGGUUAAGCUACAGCAAGAUCAACACCAAAAAUCCAUGGAGAUCAUUACACAGCAGCUGGCCCAAUUGUCUGAAGCUGUCAAGGAAAUUCGAGCAGUUUUGCCCACUAGGCCUCUCGACAACAAUAACAGAGUCGAAUCUUCUAUAUCUAAUGGAGGUAAGAUUCCAAUCCCUAAGCAAGUAACAUUAGAAUUUCCUAAAUUUGAUGGAGAAGAUCCCACUGGAUGGAUUUAUAAGGCGAAUCAGUACUUUAAGUACUAUGAGAUCCCUAAUCAUGAGAGAAUUCUCAUGGCUUCCUAUUAUAUGGAAGGCCCAGCCUUAGUUUGGUUUCAAGAUGUUGAGCAUGAUUUUGAUGGAUGGGAAUCUUUUCUAAAAUUACUCCAUACUAGAUUUGAUCCAAGUGCAUAUGAUGAUCCAAUGGAAUGCCUUACCAAACUUAAACAAACUUCCACUGUGUUGCAGUAUAAGUCACAAUUUAAGGUCAUUUCUAAUAGAAUUAAAGGGUUAUCUGAACCACAUAAAUUGAGUUGCUUCUUAAGUGGGUUGAGGGAUGAGAUUAGAUUAGCUAUUAGGAUGCUAAAUCCCACAUCCUUGCAUCAAGCUUUUGGGUUGGCUAAAAUUCAAGAAGAAUAUUGGAUUAGCACUAGAAGGGCUUCAUUUAAAACAAGCAUGGAAGUGGGCUCUCAAGCUAAGUCUUCCAUUCUUGGUCUACCUAAACCAGAUCCCAAGGCUAGAGUAGCCAUCCAGAAAAUUAGCCCUACACAGAUGGAAGAAAGAAGGAAAAAGGGGUUGUGUUAUUACUCUGAAGAGAAAUGGAAUUCAAGCCAUAGAUGUAAAACUAGUCCAAAACUUUUUCUAAUGGAAACAGUUCCCAACGAUGAGGUUCAGCUAGGGGUACCAUUGGAGGAAUUAGACACAACAGAAACAAUAGGUGGGGGGAAGGAAGAAAAUCCUGUUGCUUACCCUGAAAUAUCUUUAUAUGCCCUCUUAGGAAGCCCAAAUCCGGGAACCAUGAGAUUAAUAGGGUUCAUAAAGGGAGUAAGGGUGACAAUUCUUCUUGAUACUGGUAGUAAUCACAAUUUUAUUGAUCCAACUAUUGUGUCCAAGGCUACUUUAACGAAGCAAUCAUCGGUUUUGGAAGUUAAGAUUGUAGAUGGGUCCGUGAUAAGAAGUGAGGGAAUCUGUCAUGGGGUAAUGAUAAAAAUGCAAGGGCAUGUGUUCCAAGUUGAUUUGUAUUCUCUAGCUAUGGAUGGUUAUGAUGUGGUAUUAGGAAUACAUUGGCUUAGAACUUUGGGCUUGAUUCAAUGGGAUUUCCAGAACCUUAUUAUGAGAUUUCUAUAUGAAGGGCAACAGAUUCUACUAAGAGGGGUGCAAUCAAAAGGGCCUAGCUUCCAAGAAGGGGAUGAAUUCUUCAAGAACUCUCCUAAGAAAGGUCUGGUACUCCAAGUCAUGAUGCUGGAUUCACCUCAAGAUCAACCUCAAACCAAUUCAGCCCUGAAAGAGUUGUUGCAACAAUUUAACUCUGUGUUUAACACUCCAAAAGAAUUACCACCAAGCAGGGGGCAUGAGCACCAAAUAGUGCUCAAAGAGGGCACUCAACCUAUCAAUGUUAGAUCUUAUAGAUAUCCUUUUUAUCAGAAGAAUGAAAUAGAGAAAAUUGUGAAAGACUUGCUGGAGACAAGGGCAAUAAGGCCUAGUAAGAGUCCAUUUUCUUCACCUGUGCUCUUGGUCAGAAAGGCAGAUGGUUCCUGGAGGAUGUGCAUCGAUUACAAAGCUCUCAACAAGGAAACAGUGAAAGAUAAGUUUCCUAUUCCUGUUGUAGAUGAACUUUUAGAUGAGCUAUGUGGUGCUAAAAAAUUUUCUAAGUUAGAUUUAAGGCCUGGCUAUCAUCAAAUUAGAAUGAAAGAAUCAGAUAUUCAUAAGACAACAUUUAGAACACAUGAGGGUCAUUAUGAAUUCUUAUACUUGUUUAGAAGCCCAUCUACUGCAUCUUCAACAGGUACUAGAAGUUUUGCAACAGAAUCAACUCUAUGCAAAUCCAAAUGUCACUUUGGCUGUGAGGAAGUUGAAUAUUUGGGGCAUAUUAUUUCUGGAGAAGGGGUACGAACUGAUUCAAAGAAGACUGAAGCUAUGCUCAAUUGGCCUGCCCCUACUUCACUCAAGUCUUUGAGGGGUUUUCUUGGCUUGACAGGAUAUUAUAGAAAGUUUAUUAAGGGUUAUGGCCAAGUAGCUAGCCCUUUGACUGACCUCUUAGGAAAGAAUGCUCUUCAUUGGGAUGCCGCUACUCAAUACUCCUUUGAUCAACUUAAGGCAGCGGUGGCUAGUCCCCCAGUUCUAGCCUUUAUAGAAUGUGAUGCUAGUGGUCAUGGUUUGGGAGCUGUCUUAAUGCAAGAAGAUCAGAAAGUUGGCACUCCAGCUCAACAGAAAUGGAUAGCUAAGCUAAUGGGAUACAUCUUCCAAGUUGAGUAUAAAAAGGGGAGGGAUAAUCAAUCCUAUGCUACUGAUCCAGAUCUCAACAAGAUCAUUCAAGGCAUCCAAAAUGGAAAUUCUAGUUUCCAAGCUUAUUCCUACAAUGGCAAUGUCUUAGUGUAUAAGGACAGAGUGGUUCUAGGACAAAAUUCUCCUUUAAAGUCCAGGGUAUUGCAUUAUAUUCAUGAUAGCCCCUCUGCGGGUCAUUUAGGCUUUGAGAAAACCUAUCAAAGAGCUAAGAGAGAGUUCUUUUGGAAGGGAAUGAAAAAAGACAUUAAGAAGCAUGUGAAGGAAUGUGACACAUGUCAGAGACAAAAGGUAGAGAACUUGGCUCCCAUGGGACUCUUGCAAUCACUGCCUAUUCCUGAGCAACCUUGGGCAGACAUUUCUAUGGAUUUGAUUGAAGGAUUGCCAAAGUCUCAUCACUUUGAUGUCAUUUUUGUUGUGGUGGAUAGACUUACUAAAUAUGCUCAUUUCAUUCCCCUUUCUCACCCCUAUACUGUUGCCAAAGUAGCUUCCUUAUUUUUGCAACAUGUCAUCAAACUCCAUGGCAUACCCAAAUCAAUUGUCAGUGAUAGGGAUCCCACAUUCACUAGCCAUUUUUGGGCUGAACUCUUCAAGUUACAAGGUACUGCCUUGGCCUUGUCCUUAGCUUAUCACCCACGAACUGAUGGACAAAGUGAGGUGGUCAAUAAAGGCCUAGAACACUAUCUUAGAUGUUAUGCAGGGGAACAACCCAAACAGUGGUCCUUUUGGUUGGCUUUGGCUGAGUUUUGGUAUAAUAAUAAUUUCCACACUUCUACCAAAACCAGCCCUUUUGAAGCUUUUUAUGGCUAUUCUCCUCCAACAUUACUACAGUAUAUACCUAGUACCUCAAGGCUAGAAGCAGUUGAUGUCCACCUAAAGUCCAGAACAGCAGCAUUGGCUUUACUUAAACACAACCUAGUUACAGCUCAAGAGAGAAUCAAAUCUCAAGCUAACAAGCAUAGAAUUGAUAGAGAGUUCCAAGUGGGAGAUUGGGUAUUCUUAUGACUCCUCCCGUAUCGACAGAAAUCCUUGGCUACUAGGACUAAUCUCAAGCUUUCUCCAAGAUUCUAUGGGCCAUUCCAGAUUCUCCAAAGGAUUGGCCAGGUUGCUUAUAAGUUGAAUUUGCCCUCUAGUUCAAGACUUCAUCCUGUUUUCCAUGUUUCUUGUUUGAAACCUAAGUUGGGAGCUCAAGUUAAACCUAUACCAACACUACCUCCAGUGGAUGCUGAGGGUGUUCUUUGCCCUGAACCAGAAGCUAUUCUCUAGAGAAGAAUGAAGAAAAUUCACAAUCGAGUUGUCACUGAGGUCUUGGUUCACUGGCAAGACACUCCUAUUAAAGAUGCAACUUAGGAGCUUUUGCAUAAUCUCCAGCAGCAAUAUCCCCACCUUGUGGGCAAGGUGCUUUAAGAGGAGGGGUAUUGUAAUGAAGCUCAAGUGGUUUGUCUCCACUCUCCACUAAUAGAGUAUUAGUUAGUUAGUAGUGGGGUUAAUUGUACAGCUGGACUAUUGGGGAAUUAAUUACUAAAUCUGGCUCCCUAUUGGCAGUUGUAAAGGUGAGCCUAGCUUAAAUACUUGUAAUUGACCUUUUAGAGAAAAAGCAGAAAUAA